UGUGACAAGGAUGGACCAUCUAACCUAAAUUUUCCUUCUAAAUCAAAAUCAGGGAUUUAAACACUAAAAAAUCGGCUCAAUUUCUCUUUCACUGUUACAAAAACAAACACAACUCACCCAAAUUCCAACCCUUGUUCCCCAACUCCUCUUCGCAUUGCUGUGAGUUCUGCUUUCCACUUUCAAAAGAGGAACUUGUUCUCGGUAAAUCAGAAUGAAGCCUGCAUUAGUCAAGUCUAACCCGGUUAAUUCUCGUAUGAGAGAGAAUUUGCAAAGUCCUAAUCUUGAUGAUAAAAGAAUAAGGUCAGAAAGGCGAUGGAGGAGACGGGAGAUCAUGGUUGAUAGUUUGAGGGACAGUCGUGUUGCUAGUGCUACAAAGAAAGCUUCGAAGAUUUCUAGAAGUACCGAUAUUUUAGUAGAUAAGAAUGAUCAUAGGAGAGAUGAAGACUGGGAAACAUUUAUGGCUACAUAUACGGAUGAUAAUGAUGAAGAAAUGGAUGAAGAUUACCGUUCCUUUUGGGCUACAUUUAAUUCUGAUAUUGAAGCUGGUUGUGCUAGUAAUCUUGGUGGUGGUUCAAACAUUGGCAGUGAUGAAACAGAUGAAGAAUUUUUAUCCUUUUUAGAUACAUAUGAGCCUGAUGUUGAAAAUGACAGUGUUGGUAAUCAAAGUGGUGGUUCAAAUGUUGACGGCAAAUUUGACAACAACAAUGUCAGUGAGGAAAUACGAGAAGGCGACAAUUGUUUUUCGAAUCAAUUUGUUUCUGAUUAUAUUAGCAACGGGGUUGAAGUUGAUGAAGAUGAUCAGUCACUAAGAAGAACUUUUAGUGUUGGGCAAAAUUCACUAAUUUCUGAACAAGAAUUUGAUACUCCUGAAGUGCAAUGUGUUGUUGAUGAAGAUUAUGAACAAUUCCUUAAUUCUGGAACUGUUGUUGAUGGUGAUUUUGUGUAUGAUUGUGAUAAGAAUACCAAAAACACAUCCAAUAUAGAGGAUGAGAAUAAUUCCUCUGAUUCAGAUCUAAUUGUUUUGGAUAAUCCCGGGUUGGCUGUUGAUGGUGAUUUUGUGCAUGAUUGUGAUAAGGAUACCAAAAAUACAUCCAAUAUAGAGGAUGAGAAUAAUUCCUCUGAUUCAGAUCUAAUUGUUUUGGAUAAUCCCGGGUUGGCUGUUGAUGGUGAUUUUGUGCAUGAUUGUGAUAAGGAUACCAAAAACACAUCCAAUGUGGAGGAUGAGAGUAAUUCCUCUGAUUCAGAUCUAAUUGUUUUGGAAUCUUAUCCAAACUGUGAAAACACCCCUUUCGUAUCUUCAAAGGCAUAUGAUCCAUCUUAUUUUGGAGAAGAAAUGCACCCCAAAGACAACAUGCAAACGACUUCUUUUCAUCAUUCUCAAUUUCGGAAAAGACUUUUGGAAUAUCUUGAUAGGCCUUAUGACCAUGAAGAGUAUAAAUCUCUUCUUGUUCAAGCAUAUGAACGAAAGGAAAAGGAACGUCAUUUAGAAACACGGCGGGGGGUGAUUAAGUCAUAUCACACUGUAGGUGUCUCCAAAUCGUAUCUUCAAGUGCACCCUGAUUUAGCCAAAGCAAUUGCCAUGGAGUCCAAGGAAAAGCCUAGGGUUUUGUUUCUCUUGCGUGGACUUUUUUUCUGGUUAGAAAACCUAUCCCACGAAGGACAAUUUCAGCCUUGGCGUGACGAGGCAUGUUUGGAGAUUAUGCGAAAAAUGUAAAAAACGGAAUCUUGUUACUCCCUCUAGAAGGAAGUAUUGUCAAAAUUAGUACAUGAAAUGUUAUGUAUCUAGUCUUUAAUUAAGAGUAUCUAGGAUUUGGAAGCAAUGCAUUUUGAAUCUGAACAGACAACAAUGUUUAUGGACAUUUAAACUUGUCACUGAACUAUGACACAUUAUGCUGUAGCUGAAUGUUGAAGUUACUUUCU